GGGUGUCCACAGGUUUGAAGAGCAUCUUUGAUGUGUUUCUGUUCUUUGUGCUUCCCUUCUGUUUUAGUAGGGACGUGCUAGGCCCGGUGUUGUAAGGUUCUGAUGACAGAGAGUUUGUGUUCCAGUGAGUUGUGUUAGUCAAAAAGAAGACAUUGGUCUGUACCAACAGAACCAAACCAAUCCUCUUCAUAGCUGUCAGUUUCAGUUUAUUAGGAGCCAGUCCAGUAUGUCUGCAUUGUUAAGACCCCUGAGGAUCCUCCUCUUUGCAGGACAUUAUAAUGUGACACGAUGCUGCUCAAGCUUCGUGUCCAGAAUGAGGCAUAUCAACAACCUGAAGGCGAAUGAUGCAGCCUGUGUUUCAGCGUUGCAGAAUGGGCAGAUUCUCCUGUUUCAUCGUCUGGUUCCGCUGCUGCAGUGCAGUGAUCCAGGAAGCUUUAAACCUGUCGCUCUUGGCUACUCAGAGGUCCAGUCAGUCCUGGAGAGCGCUGGUUCAGAUGGAUCCUUGCUAAAGGAGUCCAUUCUAAUUGGCUGUUCUGAGAAGAACCAGGCUCAGUUCUGUCUGGAUGUGGGAGAACUGGAUCAAGCAGCUAUAGCAGAGAAAUGUAAAGGAACAUUCGUGGAACUCAGAAAAGCUUUCUUUCUUCUAGCUGGCGCUGAUGCACCUGUAGUUGCCAAGGCCCAGGCUUUGCUCCGAUGGCACCAGAUUAACAAGUUCUGUGGAGCUACAGGGCAACCGACCCAACGGAACCAGGCUGGUAGCCAGAGAAGCUGCAGCAGCAGUUCUAUCAUCUACUACCCAAAGAUGUCUCCAGUGGUCAUCGUCCUGGUAUCUGAUGGGAAACGCUGCUUGUUGGGUCGUCAGUCAUCAUUUCCUCCAGGGUUGUACAGCGCCCUUGCUGGCUUCUGUGACAUGGGGGAGACUCUGGAAGAGGCGUUGUACAGGGAGGUGGCAGAAGAAGUUGGUCUGGAAGUGCAGAACAUUGCCUACAGCUCCUCCCAGCACUGGCCAUUCCCACAUAGCUCCUUCAUGCUGGCCUGCCAUGCCACUGUUAGCCCCGCCCACUCUCAGCUGAAUGUGGACCAUUCGGAGCUGGAGGACGCUCGAUGGUUCACUGAGGAGGAAAUCACCUGCGCUCUACAGGUAAAGGCUCCACCCAGGAGAAAUGACCCGCCCACCGUCUGGCUGCCUCCAAAACAUGCCGUUGCUCACCGCCUUAUAACAGAGUGGAGGGAAGGCCAGCAACACAGCCGGGACAAAGAGUGAUGUCUGAAUGCCCUGAACCCAAAAGAAAAACAUGUUCCUUACAUUUAUUCUUGGCUGAUGAUCAUACCUUUAUCUUCAGAGUUUUUCUUAAUGGAAUGAUGUUAAAAUAUUGAUAUUUUCAUCACAUAUUUUAUAUUACUGGACUUCUGAAGUUGCUGAUGCUAGCCUACAAGGUGCUUAAGGGUAUCGACCCCGUCUACUUGAACCCUCUUGCAAAGAAGUAUUUGACCCCCUGGACAAACAGCAUGUUAAUAUUUUGUAGAAAAGCCAUUAUUGGCCAGCACAGAUGUCAAACGGUUUUUAUAGUUGCUGACAAGGUUUGUGCACAUGUUGGCAGGGAUAUUGGCCCACUCCUCCCUGCAGACAGCCUCCAAAUCAUUCAGGUUCCCAGGUUGUCACCUGGCAACUCAAAUUUUAAGCUCCCUCCAAAGAUUUUCAAUUGGAUUCAGGUCUGGAGACUGGUUAGGCCACUCCAGAACCUUGAUCUGCUUCUUCUUCAGCCACUCUUUUGUUGCUUUGGCGGUGUGCUUAGAGACGUUGUGCUGAAACACCCAUCCUCCACCGAUCUUCAGCUCUCUCACUGAGGGAAGGAGUUGUUGGUCCAGAAUUCCACGAUACAUGGCCCCAUCCAUCCUCCCAUCAAUGUUGUCCCGUCCCCUUGGCUGAACAGCACCCCCAAAGCAUGAUGUUGCCACCACCAUGCUUGACGGUGGGGAUGGUGUUCUUUGGGUUGUACUCGGUGUUCUUUGCCCUCCAAACACGACGAGUUGAGUUGAGGCCAAAAAGUUCUAUUUUGGUCUCAUCUGACCACAUCACCUUCUUCCAGGCCUCUUCUGAGUCGUCCAGGUGGUGAAUGGCGAACUUCAUGCGGGCCUGUACAUGUUUCUUCUUCAGCAGGGGGACCUUGCGUGCGCUGCAGGAUUUCAAUCCAUGACGGCGUAGUGUGUUACCAACCGUUUCUUUUGUAACUGUGGUCCCAGCUGCCUUCAGUUGGUUCAUCAGUUCCCCCCUUGUGGUUUUAGAAUGAUUCCUCACCGUUCGCAUGAUCAGGGACACCCCACGAGGCGAGAUCUUGUGUGGAGGCCCAGACCGAGGGAGGUUGGCGGUGGUGUGGUGCUUCUUCCAUUUCCUGAUAACUGCACCGACAGUUGAUCUUUUUUCUCCAAGUUGCUUUCCGAUUCUCUUGUAGCCCAUCCCAGCCUUGUGCAGAUCAACAAUCUUGUCCCUGAUGUCCCUGAUGUCCUGGUCUUGCCCAUGUUGGUGAUGUUGGAUGCUGGUUGUUUGGGUGUUGACAGGUGUCUUUUAUACAGGUAACGAGGUGAGGCAGGUGUAUUUGAUGUAGAUAAUUGGUUGGGAUUGGGGCUGCGUCUUAAAGAAAGACUAACUUGCUUGUAGGAGCCAGAAUACCUGCUGUUUGGUAGGGGGUCAUAUACUUGUUUUUCCUCAUCAGAUGGUUAUCAAUUUUAAUAAAUUCAUAUGAUGUGAAUUUCUGGAAUUUUCUUUGGGAUGUAGAAUGUAUAUAUGAUUAAAAUUGUAGAUUGUUGCAUUCUUUGUAAGUGGGCAAACCUGCAAAAUCAGCUUUUUCCCCCCACUGUAUGUAACAACUUGGGCAUUCCGGUCAGCAAUGGACAAUCCAGUGUUUUCAUGGGUGGUUCCAGGAUGUUGGAAUGAUCUACAAGAACAGCAGCGUCCGUUUCUAUCUUUAGGAAACUCCUAAAGACCCCUCUCUUCAAAGAGCAUCUCUUAUCCUAACUCUUACCCAUAGCUCUGUAGCUCUCUACUACUCUUCCUGUAUUUCUUUCUCUCUUUGCUGUCACCACUGCUUCUGACUAGGGAGUUUUUCUCUAGGGAACGUAUUUUCAUAUUGAUGAUAACUGUAAAACUGUGUCUUCUUUGUAAGUCGCUUUGGAUAAAAGCGUCUGCUAAAUGUGCAAACAUAGGAAAAACUGUGCAGCCCCCUCAUGUUUACUCUGGUUCAUGUAAUAGGAAGAUGGGGUGAGGUUAAAUCAGUUUCAUGUCUUCAUACCUGUUUUCAGACAUAAACAAAAAGUUAACCAUGUCAUUUUAUUUGAUUUGUUAAAUUUGUAAAUGUCCUGGAUUGUCUGAAAUAAAGUUAUCAUUUUAUUUAAA